AGAGAGAGAAAGAGUGUGUGUGUGUCCGAGUGAGAGAACGAGAUUCAGUCAGUAGGCUUGUUUUGGUCAUUUAAUUAUUUCCUGGUUUCAAUUGAAUAACAAUAAAUUAUUAGCAGUUUUUUGCGCUUUUUUAUCAUUUCCCUUCGGAGCAUAAGCAAUUUCCGUAGUUCAAGAGAUUGGGAUAGUUCGAUUCUAAAUAUCAUAUAAAAAAUAAAUAAAUAAUAAAAUACACACCAAAAAUCAAACGGAAUUUCAUUCAAAUGUAUGGUAUUCGGUUGUCCCAAAAAUGUCGAUAGAAAAAUUAAACGCAAUUAUUGGUAGUGGCACGUGUGAAAAGUGAAACUAGAAAGUAGUAGCUUCAGUGUCAAAAGUGUUCAUGUGACAUAAUAUUUUUGUUUCAAUCGCACAUCAGUCAAUAGCGAGAAACAUCAAACUCAACACCAACAAAUUAUUUCGUCAGACAAAAGAAAAGAGACAUUAUUCAACAAAAAAAAAAUUUUUCUUCUCGUCAUUGCUUCGUUUCGUGUAAUUGCAAAAUUGUGUGUGGAAAAUAAAAACAUUUUGAUGGAAUAGAAAAAGAAGAGGACUUGAAAACGGAAAAAAGAGCAGAGCAAAUAAAAAUCCGACAGAACAAAGAAAGAAGAAAAAAAACAAGCAACAAACAAACAAAUAGCCUUUAAGUGUACAGAACAUUUCUAUUUAAUCAAUUUUUUGUUAGUUCAUCGUUCAAUUCAAUUCUCUGUUGUUGCGCGUACAUUUGUGUUCUUUCUUCGCUUAGAAAUUAGUGUUACGGAAUAUUUAGUUUCAACGUGAUAACAAAAACGAAUUCAUAGAAUAGAUUUUAAAAGGAAAAAAAACCACCAAAAUUAGUCUGUAAAUAUGUAAUGAUUGAGAAAGAAGACGAAAACAAACACCAAAACCCAUCCACAAGUGCAGACGCAAUUGGCUACUAUUUUCGCUGUGUCUAUCCAAUAUAUAAAAAAACGGAAAAAAACGUUAUUCGUAAAUUUCAUGGGCAAUUUGAUUAGUCGAAGUGCAAAUCGAACCGCACACGAAGAACAGCCACCACAUACGAAUUCAGCAACAAAUACGAAUCGCAUUCGAUUUUCCGCGUCAUCGUCGUCAUUAGCGAAUUUCACGAGCAAAUAUCUCUUCAGAUCACGUAGAUCGUACUCCUUAUCGACUAUCAAUCCUAUCGCUAGCAGUGAACAGCCAACAAAAACAUCGCAUCAGCGCUUUGGAUGGAAUUUUGCCAUUUUAAAUCGUAACGCAUCGAAUUUGAUUAGUCGCAGUCGUAGCCGUUUAGUCAACUUUUCACGAUCGCUGCCACACAUCACUCUUCCACACUUUUUAACCAGAUCAACAUCAACUCUAUCGCCGGAUGAAUUAGCCACUCAAAGUCGCAGCAUUUGGCCAACACCAACGAUUGUCUUGCUAUUUUCGCCGCAAUUUAAGCUCAUCAAUCUCGAGUAUUUGAAUGAAACGUACAAAUUCCAUGGAGUAAUUGCGUCUGGUGCAUUCGGUACUGUGUAUCGCGUCAUCGACCGCAAUGAGAAGACGGAAUUUGCAUUGAAAGUUCUCGAAAAAUCUCAGAUCAUCCGAGAUAAAGCGGUGCGGCAAUUGAAGAAUGAAGUGGACAUCCAAAGCGUAUGCGGUCACAACACGUUCAUUGUUAAGUUGAUAGCAUUUUGGCAAUCGCAUCGAGAAAUUUAUUUGCUGUCUGAAUAUAUUGGUGGCGGUGAACUGUUCGACACAAUUCGUAAAUUUCCGUACAAAUUGGUUCAAUUGUAUGUGGCCGAAAUCGCCGUUGCUCUAGACUUCCUGCACAACGCCGGCGUAAUUUAUCGUGAUUUAAAAGCCGAGAAUAUUCUUCUGGACGACGCUUUUCACAUCAAACUCACCGAUUUCGGAUUGAGUAAAUUCUUAAAAAUUGGACAACGCACUCACACACUCUGCGGAACACUACAGUACAUGGCACCGGAAAUUCUUUUGGCAAUACGGAGCGGAGAUUUUGUUGAGUAUGAUCACUCGGUCGAUUGGUAUUCGUUGGGAGUAGUCGCGUGUCGAAUGCUAACAAAUCAGUUGCCCGAAGUCGUUGAAGCAGAAAUGAAGACAAGUACCUCCAAUCCCACAUCCAUUUCGGAUUUUACGGAUAAUAGCCGUGCAAAUAAUAAGCUUCGAGAUGAACUCAAUCGACUUCCAUUAUCACCUACGUUACCAGCUUUAAAAUCCAAAUGCAAUGACCGUCAAUCCACGCAAGGAACGGUUCGUUUGCCCGUGGAAUAUUCAACACUUCCAUCGGACGGACAGGAUUUGUUGGAGCGAUUAUUGGAAUUCCGUCCAGAGCGUCGUAUUCGUUCAAUAUUUUCAUUACAACGUAUUGCAUUUUUCAUGGGAUUCAACUUCGAUGAUGCCAAGAAGAAAAAAAUAAACCCACUUGAUCUGAUGGAUUCUACGGAAAUUUACUGAUUAUACAAGUAGUGCCUUACUAUUCACAUAAGAAAUGUUAGAAUUCCGUCCGCUUUCUAUUUUUCUAGCACAUAAAUAAUAAAAAAACAAUUAUUGAAAACUACA